AUGAACGCAGAGCAGUCAGACGCAUGUUUUUCUCUUUUUGUGUGUAUUGUAAUGUGUGUGUGUCAAUAGGAGGUGGAUCUGGCGCACCGGGAGGCCGUUCCAGAUUCAACGCGAGCAAUUGGCUGCUCGUGAUCUUUGUUUGUCCGCGCGCCCCGGUCACGCACGCCACGCACUCGGGAUGUCUCGUGCUCAUCGGAAUUACCGGUGCGCUUGCAACCUCGCGGAAGAUUAGCCAGUUCAUCCACACAUUCAGUCCGCAGUGCGCAACGCGCAGCUCAGGAUAGAACGCGUGGCGUACAACCAGACCGAGAGAGAGCGAAAUAACCGGUAACCGGAGAGAUGACGGAGAAACGGAUGUCGCGCUGGUAUUUUGGGGGGAUCGCGUCGUGUGGAGCCGCCUGCUGCACGCACCCGCUGGACCUGGUCAAGGUGCACCUGCAGACGCAGCAGGAGGUGAAGAUGAGGAUGGUUGGCAUGGCCAUGCACGUGGUGAAGAACGACGGUGUGCUGGCGCUUUACAACGGCCUCAGCGCUUCCCUCUGCAGACAGAUGUCAUAUUCUCUCACCAGGUUUGCCAUCUAUGAGACGGUCAGAGACAUGAUGGGCAGCAGCAGUCAGGGACCAAUGCCUUUCUAUCAGAAAGUCCUGCUGGGUGCAUUUGGAGGCUUCACCGGCGGUUUCAUCGGGACUCCAGCGGACAUGGUUAACGUUCGGAUGCAGAACGAUAUGAAGCUUCCUCUAGAGCAGAGGAGAAACUACAAACACGCGCUGGAUGGACUCUUCAGGGUCUGGCGGGAAGAGGGAACCAGGAAGUUGUUCUCAGGAGCCACUAUGGCAUCCAGCAGAGGAGCCCUGGUCACUGUCGGACAGCUGGCAUGUUAUGAUCAGGCCAAGCAGCUGGUGUUGGGCACAGGACUCCUGGGAGAUAACAUAAUAACACAUUUCCUGUCCAGCUUCAUCGCUGGAGGUUGUGCGACAUUCCUCUGCCAGCCGCUGGAUGUAAUAAAGACGAGGUUAAUGAACUCUAAAGGCGAAUACAGAGGUGUGAUUCACUGCCUGUCUGAAACUGCCAAACUGGGACCACUUGCUUUCUACAAGGGUUUAGUUCCGGCCGGGAUCCGUUUGAUUCCUCACACGGUCUUGACGUUCGUCUUCCUGGAGCAGCUGAAGAAAUACUUCGGCAUCCGGGUGAUCAGCUGAACUUUGACCUCUUGACCUUUUCCCUUCGGCCUCCUCUUAAAGCUGCUCUCACUUCCACAAUAUUAUUCCUGGAAAAUCGCACACUACACAGUCACACCCGACUUCACAGUGCUGCCAGACCAACAUAAUAAAUGAUGAUUCAUCACUAUCCGAGUGCGUCAUAACGCACAUCUGACAGGAGAGCGGAAACUGAGAGGAGGCGCUGAUAGACAACGGGACUCACUAAACUGGAUCUUCUGGGAAUAAACGACUGUACGCUCAUCUCUUCAGGGUGAGGUUUAGAUUAUAGAUGUUAUGUAUCAGGAUAAAUAUGUUUGUUUGUUUGUUUUUUUUGUUUUCUUUUUUUAGUUUAUGAAUUAAUAAUUCUGGUUAUUAUAAUUUUUUUUAAAUGCUGUUCUUCAAUCCAUCUUUUGCAAUGAGACGUUUUAAAGGAAUAGUUCACCGAUGUCUCAGAGUACAGAGUAAUGUUUGUGCAGAUCUUAGAUUUAAUAAAUAUAAAUUGUUUUGUUUAAAUUUGUUUAAAUUGACACUCGGUCAUUUUUGAGUGAACUAUUCCGUUAAGUCAUGAGACUCACACAAUCAAAACGGUCCAUAUUGCUUUAAGGCUUUUAAAUGGUUACAUUCAGUCUAUAAGUAUUGUGUUCAACUGUUUUAAUGGUACAAAUUCUGUAUUUUCAACUAUCUGUAUUGGCUGGGUUUGAUUGACAGAAGGGUCAGGGGUCACAGAAAACCUAUGAGGGGAGUUUUACCCUAAAAACCAAAAUGUUGAGCAUCAGAGAAGACAAGAAAACAUUAAACAACAGGCUGAUGGGGAUCCAGUAGUGUAUUUGCAAUGUGCAAGACGAGUCCAAUUUCUUUACUUGGUGCUAUGCUUUCAUUUUUUUUAUUAUAUUUCGAUUCUUUUCAUAAUAUUUCUGCUGGAAAACUUGCGUUCGCACAAAUCCUGCCUCAUCUGUGACUGAGAUAUUGUUAGAUCUACUGUAGUUUCCUCAGAUGUGUGCUUAGUUGUUUUAGUGUUGAGGUAGUGGGGGCAUUUAGUGAAUACGUUUCACAAAUUACUUCAGUUUUGUGGUUUGAUCCUGGAUAUCUGGAUUUAUCCUGAGCUAAGCAUAUAAUAAGAACACAAAAUAAUCACAAAUUUACGUUACACUUAACAUUUUAGAUUAAGUUGGUAAAUUACCAUAUUGGUAUAUGCUUAAAAACGGACUUUUUAAUGAUUUUAGAAUGAAAAUAGAAUGAAAUUGAACACUGGAGAAGCCUUAUCUAUUGGUAGCCACACGAGGGCGCUGUCAUGAAGUGAAUGUGUGCGCAUGCGUAAAUGCGCAGAGCCGCUUGUGUGCAUUGAGUUUGUGUGGGAACGAAGAGUUUUGUUUGUUUUCUACAAAUUUAUUUGUAAUUUAGGGUUUGAAAAUGGAGGAUUGAACUGGUUGUUGCUUGAACUGAGUGGAACUGAGCUGCUCUCUCUAUCUGGAGAAAAAUGCAAACUAAAUGAGAUAUGAAACUGGUCUAAACUGCAAUUUUGUCUCAUCAGAACAGUAUUCUGUCUAAAAUGAAAUGUAUGGAAAUAAAAGGACUAACACAAGAAAAUCAAGUGGAAUUCUU